AUGGCAAUGGCAAACAAUAAAAGACAAUGCUUUACAUGUCAUAGAGAAAAUAAUACAUAUACCUGUGAAGGAUGUUCAAAAAGAUUUUGUUCUAGACAUAUACCAGAACAUGAACAAAGAUUAAAUGAAGAAUUACAUCAUAUUAUUCACGAUUAUAAUGAAUUUAAAGAAAGAAUUAAUGAACAAAAACAAAAUCCACAAUAUCAUGCAUUAAUAGAACAAAUUAAUCAAUGGGAAACACAAUCAAUUGAAAAAAUUCAACAAAAAGCCCAAGAUUGUAGAGAAAUUAUCAUUAAAUCAUCACAAACAUUUAUUAAUAAUACUGAAAAGAAAUUUAAUGACUUAAAUCAACAAAUACAACAGCUUCAGAAAGAAAAUGACUUAAAUCAACAAAUACAACAGCUUCAGAAAGAAAAUGACUUCAAUGAAAUAAAUUUAAAUUAUUUAAAAAAUCAAUUAACAGAAAUUACAGAAGAAUUAAAUAAUUCAUCAAAUCUUUCUAUUCAACAAAACUCACAUUUAUUUAUUAAUGAUAUUUCGAUUAUAUCAUCAAAAAAACCAACAUUCAACAAAUGGAAACAAAAUGCCAUCACUGUGGCUGGUGGAAAUGAAGAAGGAGAAGAAUUAAAUCAACUCUAUAACCCUGUUGGAAUCUUUACUGCUGAAAACAAAAAUAUUUUCAUUGCUGAAUGGAAUAAUCAUCGUAUUGUUGAAUGGAAAUAUAAUGCAAAGGAAGGACAAAUCAUUGCAGGUGGAAAUGGACGUGGAAAUCGAAUGGAUCAAUUGAAUAGCCCAACAGAUGUGAUUGCUGAUCAACAAAAGCAUUCGAUCAUCAUUGCAGAUUCGGGUAACAGACGAGUGAUCCAAUGGUUGAAUCAAAAGCAACAAAUUCUCAUUCAGAAUAUUGACUGUUGUCGUUUGGUAGUGGAUAAUCAUGGAUUUCUUUAUGUUUCUGAUCGAAAGAAGAAUGAAGUGAGACGAUGGAAAAUGGGAGAAUUUAACAACGAAGGAAUUAUAGUGGCAGGUGGAAACGGAAAAGGAAAUCAACUUAAUCAACUCAAUUUACCUACUUUUAUCUUUGUUGAUGAAGAUCAAACCGUUUAUGUAUCAGAUCGAAACAAUUGUCGUGUAAUGAAAUGGAGAAAAGGUGCAAAAGAAGGAACAGUGGUGGCUGGAGGAAAUGGUGAAGGAGAAAAUCUCAAUCAAUUAUAUUAUCCUCAAGGAGUAAUUGUUGAUGAUUUGAAUCAAAUUUAUGUUGCAGAUUAUGAGAAUAAUCGAGUAAUGCGUUGGUGUGAAGGAAAAGAAGAAGGUGAAAUUGUU